AUGGCAGCUGUCAAUGGGAGUGGAAAACCAAAGAUGAAGGUCUCCUUCGUAAUACGGGAUGAGAACGAAAAUCGCCAUCGUGCAGCCGUAUUUGCACUCCAGUACGACUCAAGUACAAAUCGUUUGUUCUCUGCUGGAAAUGAUACGAUAAUCCGUUUAUGGAAGGUUCCUUCAGCUGGAACGAAGGAAGCAUGGCCGUCACAUCGAAGUGGAGAUUGGAUCAACGACUUGAUUCUUUGCUGUAAUGGACGAUUUUUGUUGUCAGCUUCUAACGACACCACGGUGAAGGUCUGGAAUGCCACAAAACAUUUCUGUAUGUCAACGUUACGCACACAUAAGGACUAUACCGACAAUGCUUUCUCGUUCGUGUACAGCGCUGGCAGAGAUAGACGAGUUUUUAGAACACCGAUUUGUGAUUUUGCACAAAGUCAUCUUUUGUUCGAGGAGGAGGCGUUUGUGAAGAAGCUGCUGCUGGAUGAUCAUGACCAUCCCACAGCUAUCUGGUCAGCUACGUGGAACUCCGCAAUAAAAAGAUGGCCUGUACCUUCGAAUACUCAGUUAUCGAUCGGUGAUGGUCAGAUGGAAGACGAUUUUGCACAUCUCGCUAUCAGCUCCUUACAUCGUUCACCAGAUAUUGUGACACCGGGAGCAACAUCAAUAAAACAGGCUGGAGUUUUGAACGACAAACGCCAUGUGAUAACGAAGGAUUCAGAUGAUUGCAUAGGGUUAUACGACGUCUUAGCAGGAAGGAAGGUAGCUGAUUUUGGUAAGAGACCGUUCGAGGACGUGGUACUGGAACACAAUAGGAAAGUAUUCGUACCGAGCUGGUUCUCUGUUGAUUACAAAAGCGGGAUGCUACAGAUAACGCUUGAAGAAGGAGACGUGUUCUCGGCUUGGUUAUCUGCGAAGGACGCUGGCGUGGAGGAUUCAGAUAACAAAAUCAACUAUGGUGGAAUGAUGCUUCGGUCACUGUUCGAGCAUUACCAGAACUGCGAUAUGGGUGCAGAAGGAUCCGAAACAGCGCUGGCGACGGCUGGCUAUAUUUCAAUUCCGGGUCACACUCCCAUCAUUCUAUCGGAAGUCAACGGACGCACAGUUCUACGACUGCUAGUACGUGAUGCUGCUAAUGAGGCGGAAUCGGCUUGCUUAGCCAAGGAUUUGCCGGAAUGGAUUACCGCAGUUGUUGAAAGAAGCAUGCUUCCGAAAUUCACAAAGAUGCCUUUUUAUUUGCUGCCACAUGCUAGCUUGAAUGUGAAGACGCCAAAAAAAGAUCGCCUUUCUGCCACUGAGAUGUUGCAAGUUCGUAAAGUAAUGGAACAUGUGUAUGAGAAGAUAUUGAAUAGUCCAGAAUCAGCAAUGGGCGAGACACCUAUGCCCGUUCAGAUUCCGACCAAUAUUGAGCAAAAGAUGGAGCUUUACUGUAACGAUCAAAAGCUCGAUCCAGACAUGGAUCUUCGAUCAGUAAAGCAUUUUGUUUGGAAACAGGGUGGUGAUCUUCUUCUAUACUACAAGCCGUUGAAGUAA